AUGCCACCACCACCCCCUCCGCCUCCGCCCAUGCCGCCCAUGGGUCGAGGAGCUGGAGGGCCACCGCCGCCACCGCCUAUGCCGGGGAUGAAGGCGCCGGGAGGGAAACCGCCGUCAGGAGCAGGAAGAGGUGCACUUUUAGGAGACAUCAGCAAGGGCAUGAAGCUGAAGAAAGUCACACAAGUCAACGAUCGGUCGGCGCCAAUAGUAGGCAAAGUGAGCGGUGGGGCGAGUGCAGCGCCCAUGGGAGCACCAGCAAUUCCCGGUAUGGGCAAGCCGCCCGCAGUCCCUGGGCUUGCGCCGCCAGUUCCUGGAGGAGGAAACCGCGCGAGAAGCAACAGUGAUACUGACAGCGGUGCCGGACUGGCCGCACCACCACAGCUGGGAGGGUUGUUCGCGGGCGGCAUGCCAAAGCUGAGGAAGUCGGGCGGUGUCAAGACUGGCGCGGACCAAGACCAUGCGCCAUACCUCUCAGAUCCCGAAUCAAAUCGCGCUUCAGCACCCGCACUACCACGAGGAGCAGCACCAAAGCCUCCAGGAGCGCCCCCCUCAGCUCCUCCUGCGCCGCCAGGUGUACGGCCAGGUAUCAACGCUCUUCGUGGAGAGUCGCGGCCGUCUUCAGUAACCAGUAUCAGUGGAAAGCCCAAGCCACCACCGCCAAUUGGAAAGAAACCACCUAUCCCACCUCCCUCGUCUCGAAAGCCAUCUAAUCUUGCUCCUCCACCGCCAGCUCCAUCCCCAGUUCGCGCACCGCCCGUGCCAGGAAGCGCCCCUCCUCCACCGCCUCCAGUUUCCACACCUUCCGCACCACCUCCACCACCGCCGCCUCCUGCAUCAACGUCGCCACGACCCACUGGACUUCCUCCAGCGCCCCCUCCUCUACCUCCUUCGCCAGCGCCACGAGCACCAGCACGGUCGACACCGCCCCCACCGCCUCCACCGGAUGACGAUGAGUACGACCCGUAUAAAUACAACUCUCACGCACCCUCGGCACCUGCACCACCACCACCGCCUCCAAAUGGUCAUACACCAUCACUCGCAGAAAUAGCAGCCCGAAAUAAUGCAUUUGGUCACUCAACACCCGCCGCUCCGCCGCCACCGCCUCCAGCCUCACCACCAAGCGCCCCAGCGCCUCCCCCGCCCGCCGUUGCGCCCCCAAGCCGAUCAUCCACCCCCUCGCGCUCCAUGAUAGACCCAGCCUCUUACACGUUAACAAACGGCGGUGGAUCGAGCACCAAGAGCCACAGCAGUUCUGGCGGUGGCCAAAAAGGAAGAGUCCGACCCAUCCACGACUUGCGCUGGCGAUUCCAGGACGAAGGCCAGUUUCCCCGCCCCCGCGAAUUCACGGGUAGCACGAAGAAAUAUCGGGCUGGAAGGGGGAGCAGUGUUCCUUUGGAUCUUAGCGCUUAUGAGUGA